AAGUUACACCGCGAAGAUCAAGAUUUUAUUGCUGUUGGAGCUGCUUGAAGUAUUUAUUUCACGACCACUCCCGCAUGUCCUCUUGGAACCGUGGUUGACGGUUUCAACCAGCAGUGCGUCGAGUGCUGCUAACUUGGAAAUGAGCUUUAUUUCGCAGCAAGAGCAAACAUCUGCAGCUGCGUCCGCCGCCGCUCCUGAGUUAUAGGCGCCCGUUUACCGUCACCACUCCUACCAGCCGUAUUAUCGACGACCGACACAACAACUGGUGACUGAAGCAGCUGGCUCUUUUAGUACUGCGACAAUUAUCAUCUUCAUCACACUCACAAGAAAAUCAUGUUUGGCAAUCUGCAUUUGCGGUCGCCGUACAAGCUGCAGGGCAGCACGGACCCCAGGAUUCCCUCGCGUCCCCAGCCGGACAAUCCGGUUGACAUCCGGAGAAAACACAUGUUACUGCCGCACAAGAUGUAUCCCAGUGUGCAAUAUUAAAACUAUCUCACUCGUAUUUUUACUAGUAGAUGCAAUCAUGAUACAUCACAGAUGUGUCUUGCUUGUUGUUCAUCGAUUCAAGCUGCGUCUUGCACGACAAAUUAUUACACAAUCGAUCACUGUUAAGUAAGUCUUUCUCUUUGACGCCGUGUUGUCUGUAAGUAGGGCCUUAAAUCUUUGACGCCGUGCCCGGGCACGGGAAGAAAGAAAGAAAGUCUUUCUCUAAAAUCAUUUGUGUUGUCAUCGUACGGCCGCCCAGGUCUUACAGUAUAGUACGGCGGUGCUUGUUUUGUAUUGCACAUGGUGCCGGCGAAGUUUUUCUUCACCGACCUCGACCAGCACCAGGCCGCGGAACUGGUGCAGAACGUGCUGGCGGCCUGGAAGUUCGCGACCUUCACCCUCCCCUACGUGCGAAAAUUGGAAAAGCGCAUCCUCGCGUUCGACAAGUACGGCGACCUGGAGGCGCUGUACUUGAAGACCAUGCGCGCGCUGAAGGAGGCCCGCGACCACGUGAAGGACCUGCAUAUCAAAUGUAAAAAUGUCUGGGUCUGGAAGAUUGCAACUUGUCAUGGUAAAUCUGAAGCAUGCAAAAAUCUGUGUUGCAUGAGUGCCAAAAGCUGUACACUUUUGACCUCCAAGUUGGAAGGGAGUUUCCCAUGCAGGAUAGGCAUGGCAGAGACCUCGCAGAGUCUGUCAUGCUGAGGCCCGCAUUCCAGGCCUCGUGGGUCAUGGAAAAUCUGCAUGACAAGUCUACACUUUUCCAGACCCAGACAUUUUUACACUUGAUACUGCAGCGGCAGUUGCAAAACGAGCGGCACAGCAGCGACUUGCUGCUCGCGCGGACCCGGGCGAUCCGCGUCACGGGCCUCCGGUUUCUCGCGGCGCAGCUCCGGAAGUACCGCCGAAAAGCGCUCUUCUGGCAGACCAAGUUCGCACGGUACGAGCGGCACAGCGAGAACGCCAAGGCGGUUUUGGCCGCGAAGGUGGCGGACUUCUUCGAGCAGCUCGACCGGUGGCGCAACGAGGCGCUCGCGCGCGAGGCGAUGUAUGACCUGCUCAAGCGUUACAAUCUCAAACGUUACAAUAGCAUCUGAGACUUGUCUUGCAUGAUCAACAUGACAGACUCGGACAGCAUUCCACAUUCUGCAAUACAAAUUUCGGCAGAUUGUAGUGCGGAUUGGGACUCCAGAACUUGUCAUGCGCAAUCCUGUGGGAGUAGGGUAGAUCAUGCACUUCUUGCAAUACAAAUUCCAGAUUCUAUUGUAACGUGUGAGAUUGGAACAUCUGACCACGUUAUACGAUGAUGGCCUUCUUUCUCGACGUCUACCGCACGUUCCAUUACAAGUAUCAACUGCAAAAAUGUCUGGGUCUGGAAGGAUGGAACUUGUGAUGGUAACUUUGGACUCUAAAAAAAUCUGUAUUGCAUGACCAGCAAGAGGAGUCUAGUUUGUGCUACGCGGGGAGGGCAUUUGUCAUGCGGAGUAGGCAUGAUCAGGAAGACCUCUAAAAAUCCGCGAUGCUCGGUCGUGCAUUACAGACAUCCUGAGUUAUGCAAAGUAUGCAUGACAAACCCGGCAACAUUCCAGACCCAGACAUUUUUGCAUUUGAUAACAAGUAUGACCUAGCGAAAGCGCGCGGGAACAAGCAAACCGAAAUGCUGCUGGACCUGCAGUAUCCCGUGCAAAACAAAGUCUCGUACUUCUAGUCGAACGAUAUCAGGCAACAUGACAAUUAUGUUUUUCCACCUGAGGACUCUGCAUUUGACAAAAUCCAACUUCAUCUUUUCGGGAAAACGAACUCAGAUCCAUGCAACUUUCUUUUCGGAAAAAUUUGUCCUCUUGUGGAGGCAAGGUGUACUUACUACUAGUAGUUGUAUGAGACUAGUUUUGCAAUGCAUAGGCAGCAACAGACGGAGGUGUUGGAAAAGGAGCGCGACACCCUGGUGAUAGAGCGGGACCGACUGAUCACGGAGAAGCUGCAGCUACUUGAGGACAAGAGACAGCUGCUGAGUGAGGAAAUCCCGAUGAAGAACGAGGAGAUUGUCGUGUGGAGGAGCAAGCUCCUGCUUGCCCGGAGCUCGCUGCAGUACGCCUGUCUCCAGGCGUGGCGUAAGCACGCGGUGAUCGGCGGGAAGAACCGCGAGAUCGCCACGUUGCGGGAGGAGUUAAAGGACUUUAAGAAAGUGCAAAACGAACUGUUUGCGGAGCGCCGGACCAGCGACCUGCUGCGUCAAGUGAUUGCGGAGAAAACGGACAAGCUCGACGAGAUGGAAACCAUCGCGGAAAAGGUGCGGGCGCUGGAGCAAAACCUGAAACAAACACAGUUUGAGCGGAACGAGUUGCAGUCCCUUCUCGACGCCAAAGUGACCCGGCCGACCAUACCGGCACGGUUUUUGUGCAUGAAGUGCAUGAACGACGUGAACGAGAUGAAGGAAAAGAUGGAGCGAAAGGCACAGAAGCUAUGCAGCUGCACAAGAAUAACUUUCAUUUCCACAACACCAAUCGCACUACGCGCACAUCAAAAAAUAGGGACCAUAUAUGACAGACUCAGAAUGAUUCAUACUUCACCUACUUAUCUUGCUUUUUACCACAUCAGAUCCAUUUGGUAGUGUGGUCGUCGUGUCAUGCACAAUUUUUAUUGUGUGCGUGCUGCAUCUAUAACCAACGGUGCGUGGUCAGAAAUGAAUUUGUACCUGCAUAGCACCAGCUGUUGCAGAAGACGCGAAACCGGCAAAACGCCAGCGAGUUUCUGGUCAACGAGCUGCACAUAGUUCCCGACGGAGACUACGUGAAGAAGCUGCUGCGGGGGUCCGGAGUGAGCGGCGGCAGUGGCGGUGGAGGCGGGAUAGGACAGAGAUGACAAAUAAUAAAUGGCGAGAAGGUGUUGACGAGAGAAGACAAUGACGGCAUGACUUGAUUAAAUGGUCGUAAGAUCCUGCUUCAUCCAUCGUGACCUUCGACAAACAAGAAGACUCGUCUCGCUCUUGCAACUACAAU